AUGACCUUCCUCUUGAUGUUGCUGCUAAUCUUCUUCUACAUUUUUGCUGUGACUGGUGUCUACUUCUUCUCAGACUACACCCGUUCACCUCGUCAGGACCUGGUGUACCAUGUGUUCUUCUCGGACCUCCCGAAUUCCCUGGUAACAGUGUUCAUUCUCUUCACCUUGGAUCAUUGGUAUGCACUGCUUCAGGAUGUCUGGAAGGUGCGUGAAGUCAGUCGCCUCUUCAGCAGCAUCUAUUUCAUCCUUUGGUUGUUGCUUGGCUCCAUUAUCUUUCGGAGUAUCAUAGUAGCCAUGAUGGUUACUAACUUUCAGAGUAUCAGGAAAGAGAUGAAUGAGGAGAUGGCACUUCAGGAGGUUCAGCUGAAAGCUGACAUGUUCAAGCGGCAGAUCAUCCAGAGGAGAAAAAACGUGUCACAGGAGGCACUGAAGUCAAGCCAUAGCAAAAUAGAUGACAGUACAAGAGGAGCUGGUCAACAAAGGGAAAGUUUGGACUUAUCAGAAGUGUCUGAAGUAGAGUCUAAUUAUGGUGCCACUGAAGAGGAUUUAAAAACAUCUGCAUCAAAAACAGAAGAGACCUUGUCAAAAAAGAGAGAGUACCAGUCUUCCUCCUCUGUUUCCUCCACAUCUUCUUCCUAUUCUUCCUCUUCUGAAUCCAGAUUUUCUGAAGCUAUUGGUCAUUUGGACUGGGAGACUCUUGUGCAUGAAAAUCUGCCCGGGCUAUUGGAAAUGGAUCAGGAUGACCGUGUUUGGCCCAGAGACUCACUCUUCCGAUAUUUUGAGUUGCUAGAAAAGCUUCAGUAUAACCUAGAGGAGCGUAAGAAGUUACAAGAGUUUGCAGGUAUGGAGUUAGGGCAGUCAUAG